GGGCUUAUACAAAGCGAGCCGGUAUCAAUUGAUGACCCGAACCGACUCAAUGCUACAUUGCUACUAACUGAAUUGCUGGCUUACGUUUUCCACACUCCUUUUUCGAGCCCAUCGACUCGAACAGAGAAUUGAGCAUCUUUCCGUCGCCGGACCAGCUAUGGCCUUCAUCUUAGCUCGUAAAUCAAUGUCUGCUCUACGUUCUCGUCAGCUUGUUUUGGCAGGACAAGCGUUACAAGGCUCUAACCGUUUUGGAUCCAUGCUUGGGUCACAAUCAUUUGCUACAAAGAAUGCAUUUUCUAAUGACAAGGAUGAUGAAGAGAGAGAGAAGCUUGCAAAAGAAUUGUCUAAAGAUUGGAACUCUAUUUUUGAGAGGAGCAUCAAUACACUAUUUCUAACUGAAAUGGUUCGCGGUCUGAUGCUAACACUCAAGUACUUCUUUGAGAAGAAUGUCACUAUCAACUAUCCCUUUGAGAAGGGUCCUUUGAGCCCUCGUUUCCGUGGAGAACAUGCUCUCCGACGUUAUCCAACAGGAGAGGAACGUUGUAUUGCAUGCAAACUUUGUGAAGCUAUUUGUCCAGCUCAGGCUAUCACUAUUGAGGCUGAGGAGCGAGAAGAUGGAAGUCGUCGAACCACCAGGUAUGAUAUCGACAUGACGAAAUGCAUCUACUGUGGAUUUUGCCAGGAGGCUUGCCCUGUUGAUGCCAUUGUUGAGGGCCCCAAUUUUGAAUUCGCUACAGAGACUCAUGAGGAACUUCUAUAUGACAAGGAGAAGCUGCUCGAGAAUGGCGAUCGCUGGGAGACUGAGAUUGCAGAGAAUCUGAGAUCUGAAAGCCUCUAUCGUUGAAUAUUCUUGUGUUCAGUUCCAAACAACUUAAACUCUGUAUUCUCACUCGCUUGAGGAGCAUAUAUGCUAUCAAAUAAUGUGUUUGUCUUUUUGUGUUGUCUUUAUCUCUUUUAUCGCUCAAGAUGGCGAUUUUUUUGCCUUUGGAUAUUUCAUGAACUUCAGUGCGGGCAUUGUUUAUUGUAAAUUGGAAA